UGGAAUAUGUACAUCAGAUUUUACUCUUGCAAAGACUCCCUGCUUUACUUUCUCAAAUGAGCGAGGGGUGGGAAGUGGAGUAACUCGUGAAGUACUUUCAGUUGCGCUGAAACAAAUGAAAGGUUGCACCCUCCUUGAAGGCAGCGAAUUUUGCAAAACACUUAAAUUUGCUUCAAGAAGUUUGCACAAUGGUGAAUAUAAAAGAAUGGGUCAAAUAAUUGCCCUCUCCUUACUUCAUGGCGGUCCAGCACCUUCGUUUUUCUGCCCAGUCAUCUUUGAAUUAAUCAUCUAUGGUGAAGCUAAAUCUCCUCUUGACGUUUCCCACAUUCAUAAUGAGAGAGUGGAACAUGAAUUGGGAGAAGUAAUGAGGGCAACCAAUUUGAAACAAAUCAAUGAGAAAAUGGCCGAGUCAAGCUUGUUCGAAACUGCAGGCACGGCGACCCAAUUACAAACUGCUGAAGAACGAGAUACUGUUGUUCAAGAUGUUCUACGCUUUCAUUGUAUUGACAGGAUUGCUCUUCCUGUGGCAGCCCUAAAGGAAGGUCUUAAUGAAGCGACUACUAAACUACUUUCUCAACUACAAGCAAACCCCUCGGAAUGUGUGAAACUAUUCUGUUACCAAAAUGAGCCUAUCACUGCACAAGGUAUCUUGAACUUGUUCGAAGUGUCGGAAACUGACAAAAGAUCUCAAACGUACGAAUACUGGAGAAACUACUUGGCUAGCGUCGAAGGUGGCAGCAGGCCUGUGAAGCUCGAAGACAUCCUUUUCUUUGCUUUAGGAGUGCAUGAGAUACCACCUCUGGGAUUCUCUGAUUUAAGACCAAAAAUAACUCUACGUGAUCAAUAUCUGGCCAAUGCAAAGUCAUGUUUCCGAGAACUUUAUUUGCCUUCCCAAGCAGCUGAUGAAGAAGCUUUUUUUGUGGCUCUAGACAUAUCAUUUGGGAACAAAGACUUUCUCGGUUGUUCUUAGAAAAUGUACCGUCGCCUUCUCAACAGCUGCCGUUUGUCCACUGAAAAUGUCAUUAGUAUAUAGCGAGUGUUAAACAAGUCUGUCCCCUUCUCUUCAAUUUAAGCAGGAAAUUCUGCACAUCUGUUCUCACAAAUUUUAAACUUUGUGGUCUUUCUUCAGUCAGUGUAAGUAAUUAUUUGGUGUUUUUUAGAUUUUCAGCGGCCCCUUAUCAUCAUUUAAGUGAUUAUUUUUAACUGAGCCCAAACGAACCCUCCAUCCUGAAAAUAAGCAAAAUCGUUAUCUUCAUGUUUUUGAAUUAGGUCAGGGCUUUGGAUUAGCCGGGUGUAAUGAGAAAUGAGAUGAUCAUUUAAGGUAUUUUAUCUUGAAAAAGCCAUUGUUACUCUCCUUCUUGACUUGACUUUGACUGUUCCAAAAGUGGAAAGAAGUGGCAAUGGUGGUGUUUAAGUAAAGUGAAAAGUAAAGAGGUUUCUUUUUCUGGUUCCAUUUUUUCCAUCAACCCUUAUUAAAAUAGCCCCGUACCAAGAAGCUGUUGU